CCUCACUGUCAUCCACAGGCUGUACUCAGAUCUUCCUCUACAGGUUCUAUUUUUCUAUUUACAGACAUAUAGCUUCAGUCUACCUUCUGGCAUUAGAUUUUUUCAUAUUGGGUUCCAUUAUCUUUUUCAUACAUUUUUUAUUAUUUUUUUUAAUUUUCUUUCUUUGAUCUUUCUUUGAUUCUUAUCUUCUUAUCAUUUUGGAUCACUUUUUGUGGGGCUUGUUUUGGGCUUCUUCAUGAUUUCUAUCCCUGAUUCAAAGAUUUAGAUUUUGCUAAGCUAAUUAUCUCUCUCUGAAGAUGAGUAGUGCUCGUUUGUGGACAGAGGAGCAGUUUAACUGCCCGGUCUGUCUGGAUCUGCCCACGGACCCGGUCACGAUCCCAUGCGGCCACAGCUACUGUAUGGACUGCAUCGCUGACCACUGGGACAAUGAGGCGCAGAAGAGCGGUACCUGCAGCUGCCCCGAGUGCCGGCACACCUUUGACCACAGGCCUCAACUCUGCCGCAACACCAUGCUGGCCGAGGCGGUGGAGCAGCUCCGAAGUGGAAACCUCAGCUCCUCUGCAAGGGAGUCCAUCCGCAGUGCCAAGCAAGCUGCCAGCUCUGCCAAAGCCAAAGCCAAGCCGAGGCCGGCCCAAAAGCAGAAGCAGCUGCCCUCCUCGGCGGUACCUUGUGACCGUUGCCAGGAGCCAAGAGCAGCAGUGAAAACCUGCCUGGUGUGCAUGGCAUCGUUCUGCGAAACCCACCUGAAACCACACAAAACUCAGGCCAAGCUGAAGGGCCAUGAGCUGAUCGCCCCGACCGGAGAUUUAACCCAGAAAAUGUGCCCAGAACACAAGUACCUGCAGGAGUUCUACUGCCGCUCCUGCCAGAUUUACGUCUGCUGGCUGUGCACCAGCAACCAGCACAAAGGGCACGAGUGUGUGUCCACACAGGCCGAGCGCACAGAGAAACAGAAAACCCUGACAGUCGUUCAGACUGAGAACCAGCAGAGGCUUCAGGAGAGAGAGCGAGAGCUGAAAGAGAUGAAGAAAGUUCUGGAGACGCUUAAGCGCUCAUCCGACACAGUGAGAGAGGAGUCAGAGACAGUGCUGUCGGAGCUCCAGCACUCAGUGCAGAGGAUGCUGGAGCUGAUCGAGGACGUGAUGCUGUCCUCAGGUCAGGAGAAGCUGAUGGAGGCUCAGGAGGUGGUGGAGAAGCUGGAGAGCGAAAUAAAACAGCUGAAGAAUAAAGACACAGAGCUGAAGGAGCUGGUGAAGUGCCAGGAUAACAUCCACUUCCUCAAGAGCUAUCAGUGCUUGUGUUCUCCGGAGGUCAGUGAACUGGGCAUUGUGUGCGUUAAUCCUGAAGCUUCAUUCAAUCCUGUGCGCUCUAUCGUUCUGGAUCUGAGGGAGAAGGUGGAGAACAUGUGCAACCAGGAGCUGGAUAAGAUCAACAAGAGUGUGUUCAACACAACUGCGUUCACAGUAGCUGAUCGGCAGAAUGGACAAAAGGGAAUUUUAAAACUGUUUUCAGGAAAGGGAGGAAAAAACGCAAACAGCCGCACACAAGGCCCUCCACACCUGCCCUCUGUGAGCAGUCGAGGCCCAGGCGCAGUGCCUCGCACACAAACCAGGAGCAGAAAUGAGCCACAAGUUGAUCGAGGGACGAGCUCUACCAGACAAAGCCAGAGACCCAGCCAGACCCGAGAGGAGAGAGAGACAGACAGCUGGAGUGUGAGCUCAAUGAGACCCAGAGAGAGACAGAGGAGAGAGGAGAGAGAGACAGAGAGAGAAGCUGAAAGCUUGUCUAGAACUCAGAGCCGACAAAGCAGAAACGCACCUGAUGAUCAGGCUGCUGAUACUUGGAGUAUAAGGUCACUCCGGCCACAGGCACGACAGAGACGAGAGCACAAAGAGCAAGCUCCAGCUCCAGCUUCUGCUCCAGCUCCAGCCUCAGCCGACACCUGGAGCUUAAGUUCCAUCAGACCAAGAGACAGACAGAGGAAAGAGGAGAGAGAGACAGUGAAUGGAGAUUUGAGAAGCUCCACGAGGUCACAGCACACACCAGCUCGACAACAGCCAGAGAGACAGUCGGACCGAUGGAGCCUUAGUUCACUUUUGCCAAGAAACAGGAAGAAAAAGCAGGAGUCAGUGAGAGAGGCCACGCCCAGUGUGCAGGAAGAGGUGGAGUCUCUGAACCCGGCUUCAGCCAACCCAUGGGGAACCCCAACAGUAGUAAACCCUGGCCUCUUCCUGGAUUCUCCAAAUGAUGACAUCACUGGCAAUCCUUUUUCUACAUUGAGAGAGAUUGAUAUUGACAGUAUUCAGGCUCCGGAGCCCAGGACCAGAGACGAGUUCCUGCAGUAUGCCUGUGAGCUGACCCUGGACCCAAACACGGCUCACCGGCGCUUAGCUCUGUCAGACGGCGACACCAAAGCGACCCUGCAGGCCACGGGUCAGCCGUACCCGGACGGUCCCCAGCGCUUUGAUGGAUGGACUCAGGUGCUCUGCCUGCAGCCCCUCUCCUCCACCCGCUGCUACUGGGAGGUGGAGUGGCGUGGGCGUGGCUCCUCAGUGGGUGUGGCCAGCGGCUCCAUGCCCAGGAAAGGGUCUGAUGUGAAGGCGGGGCUCGGGUAUAACGGUCAGUCAUGGAGCCUGGAGCUCUCGGACAUGUGCUGUGCUGCCAUGCACGGCAACCAGAAGGAGGAGAUCCCGGUGAUCUACAGCCCCAGAGUGGCCGUGUUUCUGGACCGGGAUGCAGGAACUCUGGCCUUCUACAGUGUGGACGACGGGCUCGUGCCGUUAUACACCUUCCGUGGCUCCUUCCCCCAGCAGCUAUUUGCUGCUUUCGGGGUGGGCAGUGGUGUGGGUGUGGGACUGGACUUUGCUAUGGGUCAGUUCAGCUCCACAACAGACAGCAUCAAAAUAUGCCCCCUUUGAACUAGGGCUGCAACUAAUGCUUAUUUUGGUAGUCGACUAAUCUGAUGAUUAUUUUUUUUGAAUUAGUCGAUUAGUCAACGAUUAUUUCUACCAUGUCCUCCCUUUCCAAAAACAAUAAAAACAGCUGAUCAUGAGAUUUAAAGUCA